UUGUUUCUGAGUGUGUUUUUUAAAUCUCAUCAUCAUUAUAAUAUUUUUUCGACAGAAAGAGGAUGAACAUUUUCGUUGUUUUCAAAAAAAAAAUAAAAAUAUUGCUAGAGAUGGAUCUGUGAGAGGCUAAUCAAGUGGCCGUUUGUACAGCUGAAUUGUGGAUCUGGGUUCAAAAUGGGGGCGGCGGAGGAUAUACCGAGUUCGAGCUCUGAUAAUGAUAAUUCGAAUAACAGUGAGACGCAGGUGGUUUUGAAUGUUUACGACCUCACCCCUCUAAACCAGUACACCUAUUGGUUCGGUUUUGGGAUUUUUCAUUCAGGCAUUGAAGUCCAUGGGAAGGAGUACGGAUUUGGAGCCCAUGACUUCCCUGUCAGUGGAGUUUUUGAAGUGGAACCAAGGAAUUGCCCUGGUUUUAUUUACAGAUGUUCCAUCCUUUUAGGCAGGAUAACUAUGCCUCCCUCUGAAUUCCGAACAUUCAUAGAGAGUGCUGCUUCUGAGUAUCAUGGAGAUACCUAUCACCUCAUCUCUAAGAAUUGCAACCACUUUACAGAAGACAUCUCGUGUAGAUUGAUAGGCAAGCGUAUACCAGGAUGGGUGAAUCGGCUUGCUCGGCUAGGUGUUCUCUGUAGUUGUCUGCUUCCUGAGAGCCUCCAAGUAACUACUGUUAAACAGCUACCUGAAUACCAUGAGUGCUUAGAAGAAGAUGGGAGUGAUUCUCUGGCAACCACCACCCCCUACAAGUCAACAGAAAUUGAUGAUACUGAUCAAGAGAAGCACUUGCUGUCACCGAGUACUGUAAGUGGGGAUGUGGCUUUUGUUAAGGAGGCUCACAAAUGAAGUUGUCUUCUUGAUGAAAAGAGAAAAUUGCCUUAUAAAGUUGUUUGUGUGCUCGGAAUCUGGGUUAAAGAUGCCUCAACGUGGGAUUUGAUUAAAAGACGUGCUCUUGUUUAAUUGAAGAGGCUGAAAAUUAUGAGGCACCGAACGAUUGAUGGUGUGCAAGCGGAAUACAUUGUUCAUCCAAUUGUUGCAACUCCAUAAUUCUGUUUUUUUUCCUUUUUUUAUUGUGUGUUCUUCCCACCCCACAACUUUUAUUUUCCAUCCAUCAUUUAUUAUAAAAACUAAAAUAGCUUUAUUGAAUAGAAUGGUGUUAUUCGCACAA